AUCAUUUCAAAGAGAGACAUGCACCUACAAUGUGGUGGAUUUUGAUCUGUGAAAAAUGAGUUGGAUGCUCUCCAUGUGGGUGGCCGCGGCCCUGCUUGCUCUGUGUAUGGGAGAAAGCACUGUGCUUGAAGGCAUGAGCUUGUCUGCGUCCGGCUACCAUCUGUGUAAUCACAAUGUGACAAGGAUUGUGAGUGUCCUGGCGAUUCACAAGGUCCCCUACACUGUGACAAAGCCGUGUGGAGACUGGCUUCUAUUUAAGACAUGUACAGUCACACUUUACAAGAUAGUCCAUCAGACCGAGUACAGGACAGUGACCGAGGAGGUGACCAGAUGCUGCAAUGGAUAUGAACAAGUUGGACAUUACUGUGCCCUGCCUGUAAACAGGAGCGGGGAGUUUACAGCCAAGCCAGGAAUCUGUCCAACUGCAGAUGGACUGGAUGCUGGAUAUGAGGCCUGUGAGUGGGACAUGGACUGUCCAGGCUGGCAGAAAUGCUGCCACAGAUUGGGCAGUUAUCUCUGCACCAAUCCUGCGAGCUCAGCUAAUUACGCUAAGAACGGAGGAUGCCGAUUUAACGCCACUGUCACAGUGAAGGCAGAUUACCAGCAACUGAUGUCAAGAGACGGAGGACAUCUGAAUCACUUAAGAUUACUACAGGCUAUGGUUACUGGAGCUCUGCAGGCUGAUGUUUCCAUUUACCUCCUCGGCUCGCGGCCUGUUCAUCCCUACAGAACAGCCACCUCUCUGCUGAUUGAAUGCAACAACAGCCUUUCUCUGCACAAUGUCACAACAAAGCUGCAUCUUCUCUUGGCUCACAUACAGGAAGUGUCGUCUGUAACAGUGGAAGAUGUAAAUGAGUGCACUCAGCCUCCUCUGCGCCGCUGCUCCCUUCGAGCAAACUGUACAAACACAGUGGGCUCUUAUCGUUGUACCUGCCUCCAAGGAUACACUGAUGUGGACCCUAGCAACCCUGGAGCCCACUGCAGAGCUGAUGUAAGCGACCCAACCACCACAGAGCCUCCACAAACCUACCUUCCUCCCAUGAACACAACCUACAAACCAGCCUCCAUCACCACCACUGUGGGUUUGGUUUACUCUACAAACAUCAGCGUGACUACAGCUCCGAGUACAACAAGCUAUGUCUCUUCUCAUUCAUCACAAACUCCGCAGUGGACAAGUCCUGUACCUCACACCACCAUGAGAUCAACCAAGGAGUCAGUGCCUCCGACAACUACAUGCACUCCUCCCAGCAUCACCAGCUUAUGGUCGGCUGAUGUUACUGGAACCUCUUUCUCCGUCCACUGGUCCAGCCAGUCUCAGAUCUACCAGACCUACCAGGUUGUUGUGAAAAAGGGGUCAGAGGUCAUUUAUUUUCUCGGGACCAGUGACACCAUGAUGAAGGUGCAGGGACUCCAGCCUGGGGUGCUCUACAGCGUCACUGUGACGCCAUGUGCCUGUGGAAGCCAAGGGGGAGCAUCUACUGUUUCUGUCAAGACUGAUGCUCAGACGCUUGACGCCACGGCACGACUCACCAACAUCGAAUAUACUGCUGACCUGCAGGACGCCAGCAGCCAGGCCUACAGAAACCUCACUGAGAGUUUAACAGAUGAAAUCUACCAGUUACUCUCUGAUGAGCUGAGGGCCAUGGUGGAUUCGGGCCAGGUGAGAAUCGAGAUCAGAGGUUUCUCUCCAGGGAGUGUGGUGGUCAACUUCACCGUCAUCUACACCCUGAGUCAGAGCCAGAACAUCAGUAAUAUUAAUAUGCCCAGAGCUGUGCUUGACUCCUUGAUAAACAGCACCAAAUACACAGUGGACACAAACAGCACAGGGAUCAGUGAUUCUGAUGAGUGUGAUUCAGGGGACAAUGACUGUUCCCAGUGGGCUGUAUGCACAAACACCUGGGCCUCCUACACAUGUGUGUGCCUGAGUGGAUUCAUAGACAAGAACCAGGAAAGGCCUGGACGAGCCUGUGAAGUAAUCGCUACAACACAGAUGACAACAACACCUGUGACGCCUACAAUAUUCUCUACAAUCAGCACCACUUCUGUCUCUCUAUCUACAUCUAAACCAGCUACCACUGCAACCACUACUGCAGCAACAGCAAGUACCAUUACAUCAACAAGUGAAGCAGUCACAUUGAGCACACUUGGCUCAACCAUGGCUUCAGUCACGCCAACAGCUGUCCAAGUAGUAAUCCCUGUACAGACCACCACCUCUGCUCCUGCAACAACUCAAGCUACCCCUAAAACCACGACUGCUGCCCAAACAAUGCCCACUUCUAUUUCUCCAACCACUACUCCCCCAACAACAACCCCUAAAUUCACAACUCCUGCACCUAUAACAGUAUCUCCCACACGUGAAAGCACGACUCUUGUUCCUAGAACAACCACCUCUGCACCCACAACCACCACUACUGUGCCUACAACCACAACUCCUGUAUCGACAACCACCACUUCUGUGCCUUCAACCACCACUCCUGCACCUACGACCAGCACUCCCACAUCUACAACCAUCACUUCUGUGCCUUCAACCACAACUCCUGCACCUACAACCACAACUCCUGCACCUGCAACCACCAUGUCUGUGCCUUCAGCCACGACUCCUGCACCUAAAACCCCUACUCAUGCUGCAGCAGCCACAGUUUCUUUCCCUGCAACUACAUUUCCUGCACCUAUGUCCACCACCUCUGCAACAGCAACCACCAUUCCUGCAUCAAAAACAACCCUGAAAACCACCAUGAUUGCCCCAGCCACAACCCUCAAAUUGACAACUACCACAGGUGCUUCUAUAACAACCGCUAUUCCUGCAACCACUACUGCUACCCCAUCAGCCACUACUGAGGCACAAGAAACCACCAUUACACCUUUAACCACCACCCCUAUUGUGACAGUGACAAAAAAGAUCCAAGAAACCACCACUGAAGUUCCUAAAAUUACCACUACUGCCGCCAAAACCACCACUACUGCCCCUAAAACAACCACUUCUCCACCUAAAACCACCACAACCAAGCCUAAAACUACCACUCAGCCAAAGGCAUCCAAGACUUUCACAUCUACAACCAGCUCCACUACCACUGCUAUAACCAACACUUCUACCCUUAGUACUACCACUAUUGCCUCUACACGUGGCGCUAUCUCGGUGCAGUGUAGAGUUGCUGCCAUCACUGUGACUGUUUCCAGAGAAUUCCUCAAGAGCACAAACAUCGAGGCGGUUGCUCUGUACUUGGGCUCACCUGAAUGUGGCGUCAAUGGAGGCAAUGAAACCCACGCAGAGCUGACUAUUGCUUGGGAUGAGUGUCUCACCAGGCUUGUGCAUAAUGAAACCUUCUACACUGCAUCUGUGACUCUGUUCAACUCCAUGGACCCAUACACGUCAUCUAGCGGAGAAGUGGAGGUUCCCAAAAUACGACUGGAAGUUCCCAUAAUGUGUACCUACAUGAAGAGCAUGCUUAUCUCAGCUGACUUUGGCUCAAUGGGGUAUGACAUGAUCAAAGAUAUCAUCAUGGGCUCGGGGUCGUUCCAGGUGACAGUGCAGCUGAUGAACGGCACAGUGCCUCUCCCACACAACUACAGCAUGUCGUCUGAGGAGGAUUUGGUGGUGGAGGUCAGCCUGAACACCUCAUCAGAGCAGAUUAAAGUGGUCAUCAGCAAAUGCUGGGCCACACCCACCCCUAAUCCAGGAGACACCUUCAGCCACACCUUCCUGGAGAACAGCUGCUCUCUGAACUCUUACACCAAAGUGCUGAUGAACGGGAACUCCAGCAUAUCGCGAGUGUCUGUCAGGAUUUUCUCUGUGGUUGACCUGAAAAUCAUCUAUCUGCACUGCCAGGUCCAGAUCUGUGUGCAGAUCGGAUCAGACACCUGUGUGCCUGACUGCCUACAAAGAACAGCUCGGUCCUUUAACAUGAUAGGAACAGCUUUGGGGACCUCUGGGCCUGUGCUGAGGUCAGAUGAAGAUUCCUUUGAGGAGGAGUUUAACACUCUUCACAUUGUCGGACUGGCCUGUCUUGGAAUUGGCGUCUCGCUCUUCUUCAUCAUCGGUUUCGUCUGCCUCUUUUACUACCAGAGGAACCGAAUCGGACACUACAAUUUCAGCGUCAAACCCAAGCAGGAGAAUUUCACCUACCUGGUCUUCAACACCUAGAGGUGCUGUAACACACAGACACUGAGGAGGUUCUGGCAGCAGCAGACACAUUGAGCCACUGGGGGGCGCUGUUGCAUUAUUCACAUAUUUCUCUUUACAGAACAUGCACAUCUUUGCACAUUAAACAGAUAAUAAAGCACAGAUUAUAUUUAUACUGAACCUUCCCCUCCACAUGCAGUAUAUUUAUGAUACUUCAGUGAUAGAUCAGCAAACACAAGGAUACAAAUAAAGAGUCUGUGACAUUUCCUAAAUGGUGAAGAGCAAACAUUAAUAAAUGUGACAGAUUUAGAUAUCAAAGUUUUUAUUUUUUCUAUCUAGAAACACUCUAUAAAGAUCAUACAAUAUCUACAGUGUAUUAUGGGGGCAUUUACAGGGUAUUUAAAGCAUUCUUAAAGUUUAAUGAUGAUACUCAAACAUGCAUUAUGCUCUCUGUGAACUUAAACUACAGAUGUGAAGUUUUAUAGAUGUUAGUUAUAACACAUAGUUAUAUAUCUAACAGAUCGUCUUAUGAAAAACUCCUAACUGGUUAUAAACUUGAGACUUUCUCUUGGUACUUAUGACUUCUCAUGAUUUACCUCAGCAAACAUCAGCACUAGAAAGAACUUAUAUUGUACUAGUUAAAGCAUGAAGUCUUAAAAGGUAUCAUGUUAUUGUGUGCAGUGCAAGUAAAGUUAAGUUCAGAUUGAUGCAUCCAUAAAAAUGAAGGAUCCAAUAUGAUGUUUUAUUAUUAGUGGUAAGUAAAGUAUGAUGGAGUGAUAUCUCAUAAGUGAUUAUCAUGAUGAUAAUAUUUAAUAUUAGGAGGUAUCUAUUUGAUUUGUUCAUACAGACCUUAGAAAGUUAAAAGCCCACCUUUGUUCCCAGAGGUGUGAGUCCAGAGACGAACCUGUUGUUUCUCCUUGUGUUUGCGUCUAGCUGGGUUACAAGUGUUCUGUACCUAUAAUCAAGAAUCAUUAGUAACAUCAAGACUGAUGACCUGUGGUCAGAACAAAACCGUCCGCGCAUUGAGUCUACAAUGUUUUAAUAAGUGCAGAUUUAACUCUCUAGGUGUAUUGGUUUAAUUAGUGACCAUGGUAAUUGGUGACUUUUAGCCAACUGCUUUCGUAGAUUCUGUUACAGCAGCUGAUAAAAACAGAAGUGCUCACGAAUGUCUCAUAAUGUGAAUUUGAUAUUAUACAGAAAUGGACACACUCGGCUUAAAGUCACCAGUUUACACAGUCGAUGGUUGAACUAAAUCACUGAUCUUAUUUUCAUUACUUUAACGGGUUUGAAAGGAACUCUUCAUGAUCAGACAAAUUCCCCUUAUUUGAUAAACACUCACCAGCCACCUUAUAAGUUACUAGGGUUGGGAAUCAUUAGUGGACCCACAAUACGAUAUUAUCACAAUACUUGGGUCACAAUUUGAUAUUAUUGCGAUAUUAAACAUUUUAAAAUACAGUUAGUAUUGCGAUACUUUAUGUUGCGUUAUAUUGCAAUCUAUACCAUUUUUUCAACUGUUUGGCUGAUUUGGCAUUAGGGCUGGGCAAUUAAUC